AUGGAAAAUGGAUCAGAAGUGAAGGAGUUCAUCCUUGUGGGCCUAACAGAUGUCUUAGAGUUUCAGAUGCCUCUCUUCUUAAUUUUCACCAUCAUCUACCUCAUUACCCUGGUGGGAAACCUGGGGAUGAUAGCCCUGAUCUCUUGGGAUCCCUGUCUCCAUACACCCAUGUACUUUUUCCUCAGUAACCUCUCUCUGGUGGAUUUUGGCUACUCCUCAGCUGUUACUCCAAAGGUGAUGGUUGGGUUCCUCCCAGGGGACAAAUUUAUUUCCUACAAUGGAUGUGCUAUGCAGUUAUUCUUCUUUAUAGGCUUAGUCAAUGUUGAAAGUUAUCUCCUAGCUGUAAUGGCCUAUGAUCGCUACACAGCUGUAUGUAAGCCCCUCCAUUACCCCAUCCUCAUGACAUCCAGUAUAUGUGCUCGUUUGGCCAUUGGGUGCUACAUCUGUGGUUUUCUUACUUCCUCCAUUCACACGGGAAACACUUUCAGCCUCCACUUCUGUAAGUCUAAUGUGGUCCAUCACUUUUUCUGUGAUAUUCCACCAUUAAUGGCUCUCUCAUGCUCUGCCAUAGACAUUAAUGAAAUGGUUGUCUUCUUUGUUGUGUCACUUACGGCCUUUUUUGCCCUUUUCAUAAUUUUGAUAUCUUAUUUAUUCAUCUUUAUCACCAUCUUGAGGAUGCGCUCAGCUGAGGCCCGCCAGAAAGCCAUUUCCACCUGUGCCUCUCACCUCACAGCUGUGUCCAUCUUCUAUGGAUCAGGAAUCUUCAUGUACUUACAACCCAGCUCUAGUCAUUCCAUGGACACAGAUAAAAUUGCAUCAGUUUUCUACACUAUGGUAAUCCCCAUGUUAAAUCCUCUGGUCUAUAGCCUGAGGAACAGUGAAGUCAAAAGUGUUUUUAAGAAAGUUAUGGAUAGGAUGAAAUCAUCAUUCACAGCAGAGGUCCGUUAG